AUGAUGUGGUUUUGUCUUUCUUCCCUACCGUCGAAAUGCAUGUUGGCACUUAAAUUUCUUAUAAAUCACCUAUCUAUCUAUCUAUCUAUCUAUCUAUCUAUCUAUCUAUUCAGCUUAAUCUGUUCUUCAUCUAUCUAUCUAUCUAUCUAUCUAUUCAGCUUAAUCUGUUCUUCAUCUAUCUAUCUAUCUAUCUAUCUAUCUAUCUAUCUAUCUAUCUAUCUAUUCAGCUUAAUCUGUUCUUCAUCUAUCUAUCUAUCUUUCUAUCACGAUCGACUUUAUUCAUAUCUAUCUAUCUAUCUAUUUUCAUCUUUUCUAUCUAUCUAUCUGUUUAAUUCUGUACGUUAUCUAUUUUCAUCUUUUCAUAUCUAUCUAUCUAAUUCUGUACAUUAUCUAUCUAUCUAUCUAUCUAUCUAUCUAAUUCUGUACAUUAUCUAUCUAUCUAUCUAUCUAUCUAUCUAUCUAUCUAUCUCAAUUCUAUUUAAUUAUUUCUAUUUUUUAUUAUCAGGCACUAGAUGCUGCUAUGGAUGCUGCCGAGAAGAAUCGAACAUGAGGAACGAAGAGCGUCAUGUCACAGCGGGUCUAUUAGUGCGUGUGUGUCUUCAAUACUUCGAGUGUGCAUUAUUUUGUGCGAUAUCUAUCUAUCUAUCUAUCUAUCUAUCCAUCUAUCUAUCUGAGUCUGUUCAUAUCUAUCUAUCUAUCUAUCUAUCUAUAUCUAUCUAUCUAACUUUGUAUGUAGACAUUUCUUUAUGA